AUGCUCCCAGUAAACACAGGUGUCGCUCUUGUAACAGGCUGUGCCCAGGGCAUCGGUCGCGCUGUCGCCACUCGCCUUGCAUCGGAUGGGUUCCAUCUCGCGUUGACUGACUUGCCGGGGAAACAAGGGCACGUCGAAGACCUUGUGCAUGAACUCUCAAAGCGCCGUUCUGACAUCCGUACACAUGUUGCGCUAGGCGAUGUCAGCGUAGAGAAUACUGUGCGGAAUUCGAUUAAAGAUGUUGUGGUUACCGCAGCUGCCAUAUGCCCAGUCAACUUACUUUGCGAUAGAGCAUGGCUGGGGCCAGGAAUACUGACCAUGUCGGCCGGGUCGACGUGCUUCAACUUUGUUAUAACCACUGAGAAACAAUGGGACAACAUCUUCUCAGUCAAUACCAAAGGCACAUUCUUCUACUACAAACAUGUCGGGAAGCAGAUGAUAAAGCAGGGUCGAGGCGGGCGCAUUAUUGGCAUGAGCUCCAUCACGGGCAAAAGAGGUGUUAUCUCUCGCUUCUUGAAUCUAGAAAUGAACUCGCUUAAGAACUUACAAUUGGCUUGGAUAUAUUCUAUAGGCCUUCCAUUUAUCGGACCUUACUCUGCUUCAAAGUACGCCGUACGUGGGUUAACACAGGCGGCUGCAUCCGAGUUUGGGAAGUACGGCAUCACUGUAAAUGCAUGUGCGCCAGGGAGCAUCGAAACUCAACUCCUGAGAGAUGCAGGGGUUGCGCUAGAAAAGCUGCUCACCGAGGAAAGUCCGGCUGGCCUGGCUGAUGUGAUAGAUCCGAGCCACGCCCCACUAGGUAGGCUCGGGCAGCCCGAGGAUAUAGCAGGCCUAGUAUCAUACCUCGCUUCCGCCGAUUCAAGCUUCAUGACUGUCAACGCUGCGCAGCGUAGUUCCGACCUGUCGAAAAUUCACGACUUGCGGCGGAAGAAGGUUCUUUCACUCGCUGAUUCGUCUUCAAAGCAGGAGUCUCAGAAGAAAAAACUUCGUUAG